AUGUCGGUCUCAGUACAAGAGUUGGACAACACUGUCCGCGCCUUUUAUGAAGGCAAAGGCGAUGUGCAAAAACAAGCUCAGCAGACCUUGACUGAGUUCAAACAAAAUCCCGAUGCUUGGGUCACCGUGGGCAAUAUCCUCCAGGAGGCAACAUACCCCCAAACAAAAUACAUCGCUCUGCAAGUUCUUGACGAUGUGAUCAUGACCCGGUGGAAGGUCUUGCCUCGAGACCAAUGUCAAGGCAUCCGAAACUUCAUUGUCAAUUUCAUCAUCGAGAGCUCCGGGUCCGAAGAAAAACUCCACUCCGAACGCACCUUUUUGAACAAACUUAACCUCGUCUUGGUUUCAAUCCUGAAGCAGGAAUGGCCACACAACUGGCCAACCUUUAUCAAUGAGAUUGUCUCCUCGUGCCAUGCGAGCUUGUCGAUCUGCGAGAACAACAUGGCCAUUCUCCGUCUGCUCUCGGAGGAGGUCUUUGAUUUUUCACAGGACCAGAUGACGUCCGUCAAGGCUCGCAACCUCAAGACUUCCAUGACCCAGGAAUUUUCCUCGAUCUUCCAGCUCUGCUCCGAAGUCCUCAGUACCGCCACCCAGCCCAGUCUUGUCAAGGCAACCCUCGAGACCCUGCUCCGUUUCCUGAACUGGAUUCCCUUGGGCUACAUUUUCGAAACGCCCAUCAUCAACACACUCCUCACUCGGUUCUUGGACGUGCCGGACUUCCGAAACCUGACCCUCAAGUGCCUUACGGAGAUUGGUGGCUUGCAAAUCGGUGCUCCAUACAAUUAUGACGAAAGACUGGUGCACAUGUUCACUGAGACCCUGACAACCGUCUCCAAUGUGAUUCCUCUGUCGCUGGAUCUGAAGGAGACUUACGCUCGAAGCAAUUCUCGCGACCAGGAAUUUGUUGCCAAUUUGGCUCUGUUCCUCUCCAGCUUCUUCAGUGCCCACCUGGAUCUCAUCGAGAAGUUGCCCAAUCAAGAUUUCCUCACGCAUGCCCACUUUUACCUGAUCCGAAUCAGUCAGAUCGAUGACCGUGAGGUGUUCAAGAUUUGCCUGGAUUACUGGACUCGCCUGGUCCAGGAGCUCUACGAGGAGAUGCAGCAGUUGCCCAUUACCGACAUGAACCCGCUCGUGACGAUGGGCGUGAGCGGCAUGUCCAAUGGCGGCGCCCCUCAUCCCAGUGCGCUUGCCAAUUACCCCCUUCGCAAGCACAAGUAUGAGACUGUGCUUUCGAACUUGCGCACGGUCAUGAUCGAGAAGAUGGUUCGUCCUGAGGAGGUAUUGAUCGUGGAGAAUGAGGAGGGCGAGAUCGUUCGCGAAUUCGUCAAAGAGAGUGACACCAUUCAGCUGUACAAGACCAUCCGUGAAUGUCUUGUCUACCUCACUCACUUGGACGUGGUGGACACCGAGACCAUCAUGAUCGACAAGUUGGCCAAGCAAGUGGACGGAACUGAGUGGUCUUGGGCCAAUUGCAACACUCUUUGCUGGGCCAUUGGCUCUAUCUCUGGCGCCAUGAAUGAGGACACGGAAAAGCGGUUCCUAGUUACGGUCAUCAAGGAUCUGCUCGGUCUGACGGAACAGAAGCGUGGCAAAGACAACAAGGCGGUCGUGGCCAGUAACAUCAUGUACAUUGUCGGUCAGUACCCGCGAUUCUUGAAGGCUCACUGGAAGUUCCUCAAGACCGUCGUCAACAAGCUCUUCGAGUUCAUGCACGAAACCCACGAGGGUGUUCAGGACAUGGCGUGUGAUACCUUCAUCAAGAUUGCCAACAAGUGCCGGCGACACUUUGUCGCGCUGCAGCCCGGUGAGAAUGAGCCCUUCAUCGAGGAGAUUGUGCGCAACAUGCGGAAAAUCACCAUGGACUUGUCGCCUCAGCAAAUUCACACUUUCUACGAGGCGUGUGGCUACAUGAUCUCGGCGCAAGGUCAAAAGGGUCUCCAGGACCGGCUAAUCGAGAAUUUGAUGGCAUUGCCCAACUCGGCCUGGGAUCAGAUCAUCGCAGAGGCCAAUCUCAACGCUGCCAUUCUCCAGGAUGGCAACACCAUCAAGAUCAUUGGCAACAUUAUGAAGACCAACGUUGCGGCUUGCUCAUCCAUUGGCACCUACUUCUACUCCCAGAUUGGCCGCAUCUACCUCGACAUGUUGAACAUGUACCGCGCUGCUAGCCAGCUGAUUAACGAUGCAGUGGCAAAUGAUGGCACGAUCGCGCCCAAGACUCCCAAAGUGCGCGGUCUUCGCACAAUCAAGAAGGAGAUCCUGAAGUUGAUCGACACCUAUGUGGAGAAGUCCGACGAUGUUGACAUGGUCAACACGAAUAUGGUCCCACCCCUGCUCGAGGCGGUUCUGAUCGAUUACAACCGUAAUGUGCCUGAUGCACGAGAGGCUGAGGUGCUACACGUGAUGACGACCAUCGUGCACAAGCUUCACACAUCAAUGGAGGACAAGAUCCCCGCAAUCAUGGACAGUGUCUUCAGCUGCACCCUAGAGAUGAUCAACAAGGACUUCCACGAGUACCCUGAACACCGGGUGCAGUUCUUCAAGCUUCUCCAGGCCAUCAACUUGUAUUGCUUCCCAGCUCUUCUCAAACUCGAUGGCACACAGUUCAAGUUUGUCAUCGACUCGUGCAUGUGGGCCUCCAAGCAUGACAACCGCGAAGUGGAGGGUACCGGUCUCACCAUGUGCUUUGAAUUAAUGAACAACAUGGCCGAGGCGGAUGCGCAGACUUCGAGCAUCUUCUUCCGUCAAUUCUAUCUGCCGAUUCUGCAGGAUGUCUUCUUCGUCCUCACCGACAGUGAUCACAAGGCUGGCUUCAAGUCCCAAGCCAUGCUAUUGUCACGGAUGUUUGAGUUCGUCGAAACUGGCAAGAUCCAAGAGCCCAUUUAUUCCCCCGAACAAGCUCCGGCCGGCACGUCGAACAAGCAGUUUUUGCAGGAAUACGUUGCGAACCUCCUCCAGAAUGCUUUCAAGAACUUGCAAGAAGCCCAGAUCAAGCAAUUCGUCCUUGGCCUCUUCGCUUAUACCAAUGAUCUGAACAAGUUCAAGACUCACCUCCGUGACUUCUUGAUCUCUCUCAAGGAGUUCUCCGACGACAAUGCUGAUCUGUAUGCUGAGGAGCGUGAGCAGGCUGUUCGGGAUGCACAAGCGGCGGAGCGCAGCCGGGCCAUGAAGGUCGGAGGCUUGUUGAAGCCUUCAGAAAUGGACCAGGAAGAUGAGCUAUGA